CGUUUACAAUCUAUAAAAGCGAUCGUAUACCAAAGCCAGGUUUCAGUUCCACGCGAAACACGAUCGAAACGUCCACGGGGACAAUCGGUGCAUAGAGUGACAAACCACGACAAAUACGAUGUGCGAUCGGUAUAGCAAUAAAAUGAUCAUUCGUUUGGUCUUGGUGGAAAUAUUCCUGACAUGUUUAGCGAGUAUGGCGCACUCCAGGACAUUCUAUGCAACACCUAGUCAGAACGCUAUCUCAGUGAAGCCAGUUGAAAACUACAUGGAGAAUAAUGCAGUGAAAGAAUAUAUUUUUGAUGAAUUGGACUAUGAGAAAAAUCCUUGGAUAGAUCCUACAGCUUUGAGUGUGUUUUCAAACAGUGAAACACGUUUCAAUAAAAGACAAAAACUCGAUGAUUAUGGUUAUGGUGCUUACAGCAAAAAUUAUGGUUUUUCUCCUAGCUACGACGAUUUUUCAAUGCGAUCUUCACCAAAGGAAAUCACUAAACUUCCGGAAACCAGAGGAAAUCAUCAAAUUGACGUUGGGGAUUACAACGUUGCCCAUAUAGGUUCAAUGAUAUCAUCUUCUUUGAAAUAUCUGCUGAUCGUGCUGAUAGUGUUUGGAAUUCCUGCAUUGGCAUUGCAGUUUGUGUUGAUCCCGCUUAAUUUGUUACUAGGGAUAAAGAUGAUGGCUACGGCCCAUGCUAUUUUGCUAGGAGUUGUAGCUGCAAAAUAUUUUUAUAAAUUUAAAUAUGGCCACGGCGGAUAUGGUGGAUCCGGUGGGUACGGAGGGCAUGCUGGAUUGCUUGGUGGCUUAGCAGCAGUUGGUGCGCCAAUUGUCACUUCAAACUUUCAGCAACCGGUCAGUCAACCUGUUACGACCGUGGUCACUGCUCCAGUGCAGCAACAGCAAAAUAUAGAAUCUUGGAAUUACCCUUACUACCUUCCACCUUGGUGGUACUUCUAUCCAGGAUUUAAUAAUUCAAAUUCAAACAGUAAUUCCAACACUAACACCAACACCAAUACAAACACUAACACAAAUACCAAUACAAAUAACAAUAACAACAAUAACAAUAAUAACAACAAUAAUAACAACAAUAAUGGAUUCAAAGGAAACAAUAGAAAUGGUAAAGAUAAAAAUGAUAAAAGUGAAGGAGUUGUAUUGAAACUCCGUAAAAACUUCAAAAAGUAUAAAAUUCUCAACAUUGAUACACUAAAAGCGGGAGAUUUUGGCAACAUGACCAAAAGUGAAGAGCAAACAGUGAAGCAGUUUCUAAAACGAAACGGUCGCAAAGCUACGCUACUAUGAAGCAUUGAGAUCAACCGAUAAGGAAUUCGCCGAAGCCAUAUCUGUGAUUACAAAUUAACGUACUCAAACACUACUGAGUUUGAGUUUCUGAAAUAAAAAUAAAAACUGCUUCUUGAAUGUGGUGUACAAUAGAAGCAUAAUUCGUAACAUAAAAUGUAAAAAAAAAAGUUUUUUCUUGCAAAUGAUAACCCAAAGAGAAUAUGUUUUUUUUUUCUCAAAGUCUCUUACUACAACGUUCUGACUUGGCACAAUGGUGAUUAACAUAGAAAAUAUUCUAAUGAUGUUUCCGGAGCAUGUCAUAGCUCACAAACUGGCAUCAAAUGCAACUCUGGCAAAAUGAAAAAGCACCCACAACAGUAUAAUCAUAACUCAGGUUAUUUUUUACCAUGCAUUUAUUAGUAAGCAA